AUGGACGCCACUCAACUCGCUCGCUGGACGCGCUUCGCAGCAAAGGGCGGCAUCGGGCGUGGUACAGCCCUGAGAGACUGCGUUGCAGAGGGGCCUGAGGACCUCAUGUUCAUGCAGGGGGACGAGGUGGUCGUUUUGAUGAGUGUGGCUGAGGGCAAGUAUCUGGGCUACUGUGAAGGCGUCGUCGGCCACUUCCAGAUGACCGACGUGAACCUACACGGCAAGCUCAAAAAAGCAAUCUUCACACGUCGCUCUACC